GGGGGACUGCCAGAGAAAUCGAUCGCGACGGCGCGUGACUCUGCCAGGUGUGUGAGGAGAGCUCAAACGCGUGUAUUGAACUUCUCCUCUCUCUUCGUGGAGUCGUAGUGAAACGGCCCGAAAUCGGCAAGGUCAAGCUCAGCGCACACGCCGCCGUGUCGCGUGCACUCCAUCAUCGGUCUGUGCGAGGGAGAGGAGGAAGAGAAAGAAGAUGGCGAAGCAGCCGGCAAUGUCCGCGCUGCCGGCGUUGAAGGCUGCCGUGGAGGCUUUCCAGCACGCCCAGCGUCGCGGGGAAGCGGCCGUUGCAUGGACGCAGACCCUCUUUACCUUCGGUGGGUGCACGUACACGCUGACGUUGGAUGUUGCGGCUGCGGUGGUGCUGCCGUCCACAGCGCCGAGCAUCAGCAGCGCGGCAGCGGAAGAUCAAGUGCACGCGUCGACUUGGCGAGAUGACAUCCAUGCGGGGGCGGAGACGCGUUCGAGCAGCGCAGGCGUUCCCUGCCCCGUGACGAUCCGCAUCGCCUACGCCCACGCCAUCCCUUUCGCUCAGCUGAAUCUGUUUCUGAACUGCAGGGACGAACUCUCCAGGAGACUCCUGCAGAUUGCUCCUCACUGCAGCAUUCUUUCGCAUCCUGCCCCGCCCGACGACGCACCGUUGCAGCUAACGAUUCCGUCGGACGUCACGCCGGUGGAGCGCGACGCCGCACUUCGUUGGGUGGCGGAGUGGUGGGUAGUGUGUCUUCUUCCGGUAUUAGGAGGUUUGCUGUGUCGUUGUCAAGCAGCGGAGGAGCGCCAAACGCUGGUCCUUGUCGCACCAUCGAAGUGCGUUGACGAAGGCACGAAAGAGGCGUCUCUUUUGAGUUCCAGCGUCACGCCUUCUCUUCUUUCACCCGCACAGACCGCUGCCGCUGAGACACGUCUCACCCAAGCGUUGAUCGUCAGCGCCACCCCUUGCCCUUCCUUGUCGCCGUCUGCCGCACCUCCCUCCGCUUCCACAAGAUCCGUUGCAGUUGCGGCGUGUGCUUUCGAAGGCACCGUGUCCUUCACCACGUGCAUUACCUCAGCAGAUGCGCGAGAGGCGGUGCUCAUACGAAGUUACCUGGACACGUUUGCGGAGCCCAACAGUGCGAGCCCCGUGCUGCUGCUCGUCCACGAAUCCCCUCAGCCGCCGCCGGAGCUGCAUCGCUCGUUGACGUCGUCGUCGUCCGAUGCCGCGCUCCCCUCUUCCGAUCUCCCACCGUACGUGUGGUGGUGCACGAUGGUCAUCGGCCCGCAUCACGCGCGGCAGGCGGGUGCGCUCGAGGCGGCGAUGAAGUUAGCGCUGAGCUUGCGGCACACCAUCCUCUUUCACGUGCAUCAGGAGAGCGUGUCGCUGCACGCGUUACUUCGACAGCAGCUGACCUCCUACGCCUCUCGCUUUUGA